GGGGGGAGGGGGGGGAGGCAAACGCUCAACAUGGCGACCCGGCGCCUCACGGACGCCUUCGUGCUAAUGCGGAACAAUGCCAUCCAAACGCGGCAUUUGUUGGCCGAGCAAGUGAGUAGUUUCUCCAACAGCCCUCCGGGUACACGUAGCGCUGCUGCGGAGUUGGAUGAGAUUGCUGAUGAUCGCAUGGCAUUGGUCUCCGGAAUCAGUUUGGACCCAGAGGCUGCCAUUGCCGUUACUAAACGGUUGCCUCCGAAAUGGGUGGAUGGAGUGGAGCAAAUUCAGUUUGACAUCACGAGAAUAAAACAGAAGAUGAAAGAACUCGCCAGCUUACAUGACAAGUAUCUAAACAGGCCUACGCUGGAUGACAGCAGUGAGGAAGAACAUGCCAUCGAAAUCACUACACAGGAAAUCACACAGAUGUUCCACAGGUGUCAGCGGGCCGUACAGACCCUACAGAGUAGAUGGCGAAGUUGCACAGAACAGGAAGAACGUGUGCUCAGAAACGUCGUCUCGUCCUUAGCUCAGUCUCUUCAGGACCAAUCCACCCAGUUCCGACACGCCCAGUCCAGCUAUCUUAAACGUAUGAAGAACAGAGAAGAAAGGUCCAAACACUUUUUUGACACGUCAGUGCCACUAAUGGACGAUGGGGAAGAUGCCAGCCUUUAUGACAAGGGUUUCACGAAUGACCAGUUGCUGCUGGUGGAGCAGAACUCCCUGAUGGUGGAAGAGCGGGAAAGGGAGAUCAGGCAGAUUGUGCAGUCAAUCUCGGACUUGAACGAAAUAUUUAGAGAAUUGGCCACAAUGAUCGUGGAACAGGGAACCAUUUUGGAUAGGAUUGACUACAAUGUUGAACAGGCUUGUGUUAAAACCGAAGAGGGCUUACAACAAUUACAGAAGGCGGAGCACUAUCAGAAGAAGAAUCGGAAGAUGCUGGUCAUUUUAAUUCUGUUUGUCAUUGUAGUUGUUCUCAUUAUCGUGUUAAUUGGAGUGAAAUCCAGGUGAUCUGCAGGAAAGCCACCACUGUGGAAACUGGCUGGUGUCUGAAGGGUUGGGGGUGAAAUCAUGUCUAGAUAAAAUGGGGAAGGGAUCGGACGGAUGGAUUCUUGGGGUUAUUACAGAAAAUCAGGAAAA